CCCAGUUUGUUUAUUUCACUUUCCAGCAUAUUAGAUUUAAAAACCGUGCAACAUAAAACUGAACCUUAAGUUUCGACUGAAUGCGCGACACUAGACUCUCGCCCCAUCCCGAAGAAAUGGGGGAACCGGACCCCCCCAAGUUCACAGUCAACCAGAUCCUUCUCCUGCAAAAGUUAAAGCAAAGUGGUCUCACCAAGUCGCAGAUUAUAAAAGGACUUGAUGAGAUGGAAAGAUUCGAUGAUGUGGGACUCGGGAGCCCAGGAGCAAGCGUAUCAUCAUCCACUCAGCAAGUACCGAACGGCAAUUCCCCUAGCAGUGUAGGGUCGACUAACAGUGGCAAUACAGUGACAUCAUGUGCUAACGCUGGAGCACGACGCAACAGCACAAGUCCUCAGUCGCCCCAUUUACCACAGGUAAAGACGAAUACAGUGAUUCCUCAUCCCCAGCCUAUCCCCAACCAUUUGAUGUUUGGAGCUCAUAUGCAGAAUGCAAGCCAGCUCUCGCUUAUACCGCCUGUUGCUGCGUGGCCAAAUACGUCACAAGCCGUUGCCGUAGCAACAGCAGCCAGUAUCCUGCAAAACGGUUUUGCUCACGGGAAUGUCCCUCAUUCUGUGUAUCCGAGCCUUAUCAACGGCAGAGGACUUCUUCAAAGAGGACCCGCGAUGUCGGGAACAGGGAGCACAGUCGUAGAAGUGGAUGGUGAGAAGAUUGACAUCACAGAGGAGCUUGAAGAUCUCUUCCGACGGGAUCAAGCUUCCGUUAAAGAGGACAUCCGAAAAUUUAUCAGCGAACGUCACAUUUCCCAAUCCGCAAUCGCAAAAGCGACAAGAAAUGCUAUCAGCCAAAGCUACAUCUCACAAUGGUUAGCCCAACCCCAAGAUAUCAGCGGGCAGAAGAAGAAAGCCAUGUACACUUGGUACAUCGUGGAACGUAGAAAACCACCAGGCCUUACUAACGGCAUGAGCUCGGUCCCCCCUGUAGUGUUUCGUCACAACGAGAUUGAGAAUGAUUGCAUAAGCCCUAUGAUGAUGAAGUCGAAACGAGGAGCAAGGUUCACCUGGCCAAAGGAAUGCCUGUCAAUACUUGAGAAUUAUUACAACGCAAACUCCUAUCCUGAUGAAUGUAAACGUGAGGAGAUAGCACAUGCUUGCAAUGCGAUCAUACAAAGUCAAAAACCAGGCAGCAUGCUUACAGAACUGGACAAAGUGACCACUGUUAAAGUUUAUAAUUGGUUUGCAAACCGACGCAAAGACGAUAAACGUCGUCGUCACAUAGAACACGUGGAGGCAAUGGACCAACACCAUCUCAUUAUGAGCCCUCGUCGUAACUCGGCCACUUCACCUUCCCCAUCUUGUCAUUCAAACGACAGCUCACAAGGGGUUGAAAGCAACGAACGCAACUACAGCUCAUUCCCACUACCUAUCCCCCCACAGUGCAUGGUGAUACCCAAGAAAGAAAAUCCUAUGCAGCUAGCACUUGAAAUGGCGGCUGUUAACCAUUCAAUCAUGGCGCUCGUCAACCCGCAUCAGGUCGACGAUCCGAUGCGAGAAGACGAGGAAGACGACCUUGGAGAAUCUUCCUCGGAGGAAAUCCAACGACCAGAGGAGCGUAGACCGUUUGAACGCUUACCGGACAACCGAAGCUACGCCGGCUGAGUCUUUCCAAACUCCCCGUUUAAUUCCGAUCUCUUGCGCCACCGAUGGAGCAUGCUUCGCCUUGCCCGCCGUCGAGCUGUCCCCCCCUCCUUGCCUUCAGCGCUAUUUAUGUUCAGUAUUCCAAUAUUAUUGCGAAAUACGAACCUUUAAAGUCGUCUUACGACUCGUUCCACGCCUUAGUUUCUCGCCCUGCCUUGCGCGGCGUCGGUCGCUUUUUUUCGUCCCCUAUCGGUGCUAGGGGUGUCUGUUUUCCUUAUUGCGCUCUAACCAACGUAAACUGUGCCAUUCUACAUGUCCGCUAUAAAACAGUAUACAACACAACCUAAAUGCAGGUAAUUUUCCAACUUAAGCAAACGAUAACAUUUCCUAUAGUAACCGGUUCCAAAUACCCGGCCAUCUCCACCAUAUAAAGUAUUCCUUUACCUUUUUCACCCCCAAAGCAAAGGGUUCGUUCCUUCUCUAUAUAGUACUGACUCGCCCGAGCUUGUUCGUUUUAUUCUUUCUUUCUUUUACCUUAUACGCGUCGCGGACGAGCGUUUUUUCAAAUACCCCCCAGCAGUGUUAGCUUAUUGUUCUGUCCUCUUUGCACGUCCGUAUUUCCCGUUUUCCGAGGCCCGCUAACGCAGUAAUGUUGCCCACACACAUAUAAACGGCUUCGAAUACUCCAUUUUCGUCUAACGAUUUAUAACAAUUUCUCCAUAUAAAACUACCCAAAGCUAGACUGCAACGUAACAGCACCCAGACAGCCCAAUAGCAGUGCUACCCACAACAUAUCUGUAUUCUCCACUGUUAAAAAAGACCCCAGCGCUUGACUUUUCACGAGGCUUCUCCGCCACUGCCAAGUGCUUUUUUGGUAUUCUGACUGCUCCCGCUGGGUCACGAACCCGGAACUCCUGUUCCUGCAAACCAGUUUCACGUUCAGUAUUGUGUCCGCCUUUUUUAUCGCACUUACAGAACUUAAAUUUCGGCAAUAACGUGUGUAAAUAUUGUUCCUAUCCUUAUACACGCUGUGGACUUUGCAGCGCUGGCGUUUUAUUUUAUUUUAUUCUAUCCUAUACAUUAUCCCAUAGGCGCCAAACCUGGGGUUUCAGGCUAGGCAGGCCUGCCGUGAAAUUUUUUCCUCUAAAUUAAUCAGUAAACAUUAAAACAAAAAUCGUUUUGAGAAAUUCGCAUCCAGCAAUUUCUGCCUUCCCUGCAGUUUCAAAACUUUGGCGCCUAUACAUUAUCUAUAUAUUCAAUAUAUGUAUUUAAAUUUUUGUCGCUGAUGCCCUCCUUAACGGUUUGGUGCUGAAGUCACGUGCAUGCUGUACCAUUGUGACGUCGAUACAUGUGACGUGUUUCUUUUUACAAUCAAGCCCGAAUGAUGUAAAUUAAAUAAACGGCAUUACCGUUGUAA